AUGAUUCAUUUACACCUUCGUUUAUUACUACAAUUGGUAUCGACUUUAAGAUUAGAACAAUCGAAUUAGAUGGAAAGCGAAUCAAACUUCAAAUUUGGGAUACUGCUGGUCAAGAACGUUUUCGUACAAUCACCACAGAUAUAAGGAAUUGGUUUUCAAAUAUAGAACAACAUGCAAGUGAAGGAGUUAACAAGAUUCUUAUUGGUAAUAAAUGUGAUUGGGCUGAAAAAAGAGAAAUUAAGAAAGAACAAGGUCAAGAACUUGCCGAUGAAUUAGGGAUUGAUUUUUUGGAAACUAGUGCUAAAUCUAGCAUCAAUGUGGAAGAGGCUUUCUUCACUUUAGCGAGAGCUAUCAAGAAAAGACUUAUUGAUGCACACGCUCAAGAACAACAAAAUCAUCAAAACAAACGACUUGAAUUGGAUAAUAACAGGCAUCUUAAAUCUAGUUCUGGAUCAAGUUGUUCAUAUUUUCCGGUUGCAAUGGGCUUGACUUUGGAUUUUGGUGCUUCGGGUUCUAUUAGACCUGAAUCGUCACUUUAUGACAACAGGAUUCCAUCUGCAUACCAUGAUGCUGGGUAG